AUGCCGUCCGCGAGCGUCGUGGGGGCCACGCUCAAGGACUCCGUCAACGCGUGGCCGCCGCAGAGGAAGCCCCUGGACAAGGAUGCCCCUAACAUCGUCCUCAUCAUGAACGACGACUCUGGGUACGGCCACUCGGAUACGUUCGGCGGGCCAGUUCACACGCCAGCUCUGUCCAAGGUCUACGCCGCUGGCAUCGCCUACAACCGCUUCCACAACGUGGCCAUCUGCUCCCCGACGCGGGCGGCGCUGCUGACGGGCAGGAACCACCACGCCAUCGGCACGGGGCAGAUCACCGAGGCCGCCUCCGGCUUCCCCGGGUACACUGGCAGGAUCCCCAAGACCGCCGCCACAGUCGCCAAGGUCCUCGGCGCCUACGGCUACGACACCGCGUGCUUCGGCAAGUGGCACAACACGCCGGUCACGGACCUCACCGAGACGGGGCCGUUCGACCAGUACCCGACGGGCCUGGGUUUCUCGUACUUCUACGGCUUCCUGGCGGGGGAAACGCAGCAGUUUUACCCCAGGCUGUUCAAGAACAACGUCCCCAUCGAGCCGCCGUUCUCCCCCGAGGAAGGCUACCACCUCACAGAGGACCUUGCGAACCAGACCAUCAAGUUCAUCCGGAACAAUCGCGCAUUCACUCCCGAGCGGCCGUUCUUCAUCUACUACGCUCCGGGUGCCACACACGGUCCACACCAGGUUCCUUUGGCUUGGGCAGACAAAUACAAGGGAAAGUUCGACAUGGGCUGGGAAGCGCUGCGCGAGAUCACGUACCAGAAGCAGAAGGACAUGGGUUGGAUCCCCAGCGAUGCGCAGUUGACGCCGAUCGAUCCAACGAUGAUCAAGUGGGCAGAUAUCCCCGCCAACCAGACGGCCUUCCAGGUUCGCCUUAUGGAGGUGUACGCGGGCUUCCUCGAGCACACGGACACGCAGACCCUCAAGAUCCUUGAUGAGCUCGACGCCCAGGGGCUCACAAACAACACAUUUAUCAUCUACGUCUACGCGGACAACGGCGCAUCCGCGGAGGGCCUGUAUGGGACCUUGGCCGAGCUCCUCGCCGAGAACGCCAUACCGACGAGCGUCGACGACCAGAUCGAGGCGCUGGACAGCCAGUUCGGUGGUCUGGACGCGCUGGGCACCAAGCAUUUGGACAACAUGUAUCAUGGCAGUUGGGCCUGGGCGGGCGACACGCCUUUCAAGAGCACCAAACUGGUCGCGGCGCACUUCGGUGGCACUCGCACUCCCCUGGUCUUUUCGUGGCCGAAGGUGAUCAAGCCCGACACAGUCCCCCGCUCUCAGUUCCACCACGUAAUCGACGUCGUGCCCACGAUCUACGAGGCCGUGGGCAUUAAAGCCCCUUCCGCAGUGGAGGGAAUCAGGCAACAGAAAAUCGACGGCGUGUCCAUGGUGUACUCGUGGCACAAUGCCACCGCUGAAGGACGCAGGCGCGAACAAUAUUUCGAGGUCAUGGGUAGCCGCGGCAUCUACAAAGACGGUUGGUUCGCGUGCACGCUAGGGCCGCGCAUCCCCUGGCAUCCAAAUGCGACCAGGCUGGACGUGUGGGACCCCGACACGGACGUCUGGGAGCUGUACGACCUCGAGGCCGACUUCUCCCAGGCGGCCGACCUCGCCCAGCAGAAGCCCGACAAGUUGGCGGAGAUGAAGUCUUUCUUCAGUGUGCAGGCCGCCAUCAACAACGUGCUCCCAAUUGGCGCUGGCUUGUACACGAUCUACUACCACCCAGACGAGGCCCCCAAAUCGCCCCUCACAGAGUGGAACCUCUUCGAGGGCCAGGUCAGAGCGGCCGAGUCGAACGCGCCCCUGUACCGCAGCGGCUUCUCGUCUCUGGCCACCGCCCGCGUCAAUCUGCUGCCGGGCGCGUCAGGGAUUCUCUUUUGCGUGGGCGGCACCGGCGGAGGCUUCACGGUGUACAUGGACCACGGCUACCUAUCCAGUUGCGUUGCCGCGCGGCUCCGCCACCGCCGCGGUGGCGGAUAUGCAGAGUACUUCGCCACCCUCGUCUACAACUACACGGUCAUUUCGUCCGAGCCGCUCGCGGCUGGCCCCGCGAAGAUCGAGGUGGAGGUCAUGUUCGACGAGAGGAAGCCCCGUUCCCCUGCAGACAUCACAUUGUCUGCCAACGACACGGUCGUGGGGAAGGGCCGGGCACUCCUGUCCGUCCCGCUGGUGUUCGAUGCAUCGGAGACUUUCGACGUGGGCAUGGACCUGGGGUCGCCUGUAUCACUGCGCUACGAGGACCGGCUGCCUUUCAAAUUCGAGGGCACGAUCUCUUCUUUGAACAUAAAGUAUAUUAACACGUCGGUGUUGUCGCCUCAGUUGAACAUGAUCUGA